AAUUAGUGCAUUACUGAGCCUAAGGCAGUAUGGGCUCUUGGCAACAUUGCUGGAGACAGCACAAUGUGCAGAGACUAUGUACUGGACUGUAAUAUCCUGCCUCCCUUACUGCAAUUACUUUCAAAACAGAAUCGUAUCACUAUGACCCGAAAUGCUGUAUGGGCUCUAUCCAACCUCUGCAGAGGGAAAAAUCCUCCUCCGGAUUUUGCCAAGGUUUCACCUUGUCUUAGUGUGCUCUCCUGGCUGCUCUUUGUCAAUGAUACAGAUGUAUUAGCUGAUGCCUGCUGGGCUUUGUCCUAUUUGUCUGAUGGCCCCAAUGAUAAAAUCCAGGCUGUGAUCGAUGCAGGAGUCUGCAGAAGACUUGUGGAAUUACUGAUGCAUAAUGACUAUAAAGUAGUAUCUCCUGCCUUACGAGCUGUUGGGAACAUUGUCACAGGAGAUGAUAUCCAGACCCAGGUAAUUCUAAAUUGUUCUGCCCUGCAGAGUUUACUGCAUUUACUAAGCAGCCCUAAAGAAUCUAUCAAAAAGGAAGCCUGCUGGACAAUAUCUAAUAUAACAGCUGGAAACAGAGCCCAGAUCCAGACAGUCAUUGAUGCUCAUAUCUUUCCAGCUCUUAUAAAUAUUUUGCAAACGGCUGAGUUUCGAACAAGGAAGGAAGCAGCUUGGGCAAUCACAAAUGCAACAUCUGGAGGCUCUGCUGAACAGAUCAAAUAUUUAGUAGAACUGGGAUGCAUCAAACCACUCUGUGACCUCCUUACCGUAAUGGACUCAAAGAUUGUGCAAGUAGCACUGAGUGGGCUGGAGAACAUCUUGAGGCUUGGAGAGCAGGAAUCCAAGCGCAGCGGCGCUGGCAUUAAUCCUUACUGCGCUCUUAUUGAGGAAGCAUAUGGCCUUGACAAAAUUGAGUUCCUCCAGAGCCAUGAGAAUCAAGAGAUUUAUCAGAAGGCAUUUGAUCUGAUUGAGCACUACUUUGGAACAGAGGAUGAAGACAGUAGCAUUGCCCCACAGGUGGAUCUCAGCCAGCAACAGUACAUCUUCCAGCAGUGUGAGGCUCCCAUGGAAGGCUUCCAGCUCUGAGGUGCCUCUGUGCCGUGUGCUCCUCUACCUAGCCAAUCCUGUUGUCGAGCCACAAGCCACCUGUGGAGUGAUUCUCUCAGUGUUUUCCAUAACUCUGUUUGCGCUCAUUUGCUUGCCUUGUGCACAUUCUCUUACAUACGUCUGGAAAACUUUUGGCUCUCUGUGGCAGGAUGCCCCCUUCUUGGCAAGGGGUUGCCAGAAUCACACUUCUUCUCUAGAUUCUGAACCUCUCCACUGUCAUCUUCAUGAGGUUGAGGCACAUUUCUAUACUUUGAGAUAUUCCCUGUUCCUAUUACAAGAAAAGAAUCCCCUCUCCACUAGCCCCCUGCACUCCUGGCAUCCAAGGAAAGGCUGCCUUUCUCAUGUAUUUACUGCAGUGUGUGCCUGCAGUUCCAGGGAGACUUUCAGACUUUCUGAGAACGUAGCUGAAUUCAUUUCCCAUACUUUUUUCUGGAUGCCUCCUUGGAUCGCUGUGUGAGUUGUGUUAAAUCUUCAUAUGGAAUGUAUCUCCUUUGCUGUAUGUGCCAGCUGGAGCUAUUGGAAUAUAGAUCAUUACAAAUAAUGGAAUAAGUCUUCUAUCCCCAGCAACAACAAGCUCCAAUGGAUGUGUUUUCUGGUUUUUAAGAAUACUGAACACACAUGGCCCUACCCCUUCUCAACACUGAGCUCUCAAUGUGGACUGCAGACCACUGUGGAGAUCUGCGUACCUUCUCAGUCUUUCUAUUCACAAAAAGGAACCUGUGAAUAGGUCACUCCUACCGCCUCCCCAGAAAUGACUUUUUGAAACAGCUUUUAGAAUGGAGAAACUACUCUCAUUUUGCUUGCCAGCACAGUAUAAUCCGGCCAGGCCUACCUUAAAAUCCAGCCCUUCCUGACUUUGUGCUACAAAGUCUGGUCCUCGGUAGUAGAGUUAUGGCUGAAAAAUUUCUAUUGCCUCUUAACAUUUUUACACAGCUUGACUUGAACUGAGUUCUGAAAAAUUACCUUCUGAACACAAAAUCUUAAUUUGUAAAACUUAGCACAAGGAGUGUUAGAUCUCCUUUUCAUUUUCACAAGACAAGAGCUUCCUUUCCAACUCGCCUAACAGAGUCCUACUGGUCAAGCCUCAUAUUUAAGAACUAAAAUGACACUAUGCUCAAAGGAUAGUUACUAUUACACCCAGAUCCACCUGGCCCUUUCAUUUCACUAUUCCUUCUGCUGUUUAUGGGACUGCAGGUGAACUAGCAUGGAAUGCUUGGUUCCUACAGAUGACAUCUGUAAGGCAUUGCUGACUGCAUGACAGCUGUCAUCUACAGCUGUAGACUGCCCUUCUGCUAGCAGCAUGUUCUUGGCUCCGCAAGCUGCUUGGAUCACAGACAUCUGAUGCAAAGGCCGGCCACUCCUCACUGAGUUCAGCUGAUAUUGACACCAAACUCUUCAAAAAGAGGGAGAUGCCAUGUGAUUGUAAGUGGCAGUUCCAUUUCUGUAAAGGCAAUGGAUUCUCCAGGCUAUCUGCCCUCCUUCAUCCCUCAAGCAGUGGGCUAUGUUCUUUCAAGCCAUUUGGAACAUUUGUAACACACAUUUGUCCAGCGUAAACAUUUCAAAAAUGCCUCUGAUAUCUGCAGCGUCAUGUACCGGUGGUAAAUGUUAGUGGCAGAACUGUCUGCAAGAUCCUCCUUAUGACUCCUCAGUGACAAGCCACUGCAAAAGCAAAAACGGUCCACUGUAUACAGAAUAAUACAAAUAUAUAAUGCUCGUCAAAGUGCUGAAAGAAGCUAGGCAAAGGCCUGAACACAUCAACUCUGCGUCAUCGUUAUUUAAAUACAAUCUUUGGUUCUGUCUGUGCUUCAGGAUGGAGGCUGACCUAUGUGGCUGCUGCAGAAGCCACUUGCUGCCUCCCUAGCUAAGCCAGUUGGCCUCCCCCUUCCCUCUCCCAUUAUUUUCUAGUGCUGCUUUGUGCUGAAGGAACAUUUAGUUUACUGCACUUGAUCUGUAAAUGAACUUUGAUUCUUUGUAAUCUUAGGGGGUUAAAUUUGGUGGUUAAUUUAAAAACAGAAACCCUCAAUGUUGCCUUUACAUCACAUAUAAAUAACUGUGUUUCUCUUUUCUUGAAGGGUGAUAGAAGCACUGAUUAGUAGCAAAAUCUUGUUUUAGCUUUUGGAUUUUUUUGUGCUGGAUUUUUUUACGUGUAAAUUUCCAAUAACAUGUCAUUUCUAUAAGAUUUGUUUAAAAUCAUUUACCUCUUAUUGGAUGGUAUAAAAAUGCUACAUAUUUUGUAAACAAAUCUGAGCGAAGUGUGUGUGCAUAUAUUCUGUAUAUUCAUAUAUGUAUAUUCUGUGUAUAUAUACACUUGUGUGUAUAUAUACAUAUAUACACACACACGUGUAUAUAUAUAUACACACAUGCGCAUGUGUGUGUAUAUAUAUACAUAUCUAUAUAUCUAUAUAUAUAAGUGUUUUCCAGGCUAGUGAAAACAAUGUGGUGCAUUGGCGUUUCCCUCCCCUGCCCCCAAGAGAAAAGUGACAAUUGCCUCUAAACGAGCAAAUUAAAAAAUGAGUCCAUUUAAGCUGAAUGGUGUGCCUUCCUGUGUAAGGAGCCUAGCCAGUGUUGUUACUUUUUGCAGUGGAUAUGUGAAUUCAGAGCAGAUAAGUAUAAAUCUUAAAACUUGGUAUGUUUGUUUGAAGUGACAGGCUUGGUUGACACAGGUAAUAUUGUUGUUGUAUAUACUUACACUGUGUAAAGCAUUUGACUGGUACUGCAUUAUAUUUUGACUGAGAACUAAAACAAUACAGAAGUCAAUGUGGCACACAUUAAAUGGAUUAAAAUGUGGCUAACUCAUAGGUCUCAAUUUGAUUUUAAAUGGUGCUCAAUUGAAUUUUCAUCAAGAUCUUCCAGCAACCAGUUCUUGUCUUUGCUUUAUUUAGUCUUACUAAUGACUUGAAAAGAAACGAAAUUUCUAACAAAGGCUGCAAAUUACAUGAGUAUGGAAGGGAGAACAGACUUGUGCGUUAUGAAAGGAAGAGCUUACUGAUACAGACUAAUCAGAAUUACUUGGUAAACCAAGGGCAAUUCAGCUGUUUGUAUUUUGAUAGAGCCAAAUGCGUGGUGUAACAUACCCAUCUAAUAAAUAACAUUCGGGCCACAUGUAAAGGAUAAGUGCUUCUGAAAAAAUGCGAGGAUCCUCUUACAUUACCACUUGACCAUUAAUUGCCUGGCAUGAUUCUGUAUGGCUAACGUAGUUCUCAUAGGUAUGAAAAGAGACCUUUGAGUAGAAAUGGAGGAAAUAUGUCAACUUCAUAUUCAGCUUUGUUGAAACUUGUUUUUACAGGAACAUUGUCAGUGUUGCUAUAAGGACUUAAAAGAAGGAUGCUAAAAACUAGGAACUACAACUGUUAAAAAGGUUUGAAGUUCCUUUCGUGUUACGUAGCAAAUAGGAACAAGCUACAAUUCACUCUGGUAAAGUUUCCAGUGGUACGUGGGCAGGCAAGAUUGCUCUCUUGCAUUCAGGAUACACAAGAUGGUAGGGCAGAAAGUUGCUGAAACUUCAGUAACUAAAGCAGGGCCAGUGCCUGGGGCUUCUGGGAAUACGCCACACAGGCGAAACAAUCAUUUGAGGCAACUGCUGCCUGAGGACUAGCUUGCUAUUUUAUUUCUGUGUCUGUCCUUUGAUGCUAUCCAAAUGUGGUUGAAGUCCUGUCUCUUAAUCUUAAGGGAAAGCAGGAAGGCUCUGGCCCAGGAAAACAGAUAUGUUCUUGACCCUGCAUUUCUAUAACAAUCAGCAUUAAGACUGUUGAAGAACCAGCUCCCCCACCCAGCUCUAAAAGCGGCGAUGCUCAUGGUUAUGCGUCACUGUGCUUCCCUGAGGAUUUCUGGGACCACUUGCAUCUCUGAAAAGCUUUAAGUAAUUCCCUGUGUCUUCCAGUAUGGUUUCUUUUCAUCUGGAAUUGUCACAUGUGAUUUGUACUUUCCUAUGUCUACUUUAGCCAGCAAACAUUAAGAUCUUCAGAUGCUUGAGUCUUAGUAAGAAAAUAAACAAGAUCUUUUCUUGUACUACUAUGACGAUGUCCGUAGGGCUCCUGCAUGGUCUUCUGAGGCAGCAUUUAAGUUGGCAGAUUGAGCACUGCAUUGAGACAUGUCUGGAAGAGGUACAGUUAAAAGGUGUAUGGUGUAGGAUUAGUAAUUUUACUUUCUGGAAUAAAAGUAAAUGGUGUUUCAGACUAAGCCAAAGUGGAGGAAAAAAUGAAAUGUUCUAAGUUCUUAAUGUGUUCUUUUUCAUUGUGAAGUGUUACAAACAGCAUAGGCUAAAGGUAUGACCUAAUCAGAUGGUGCAGGGUAUUCUCCAGUUAGCUGCACAUUUCUAAGCAGCCAGUCUAAUGUAUACAUAUAUUUCUUAAAUAUUUCUCUGUGUUCAGAAAUGCUUUCACGGAAGCUAUCACACUGUGAUUUCUUUAUUUCUCUCAUAAAGAUCAAUGUUUAUGUUACCAAACUACUUGCAAAACAAAACCAAAAAAAAAAAAACAAACAAAAACAAAAAAACCAAAACCUGCAUUGGUUGGGGGUGAGUUGGAGGGUGGCAUAAAGCUCGUGCUUUAUGUAGGCUUUUUGAGCCUACAUGGAAGCUGAAAGGAAACACAAAUGUGCACAGCAACGUGCAGGUUUUCUUGUAGAUGGAGAAAUUGUGGGGAUACCAGACUCGGAAGGAUAUAACUGCUACUGCAUGGAGUUUCUGUUGGACGACUGGGCCAGAGUUCAAUUUUUUAUUAAAAGGAGGCAUAAAAGUUACAGAUACUGUCUGAAAUGGAAAAACUGAUCAAUGUUGCUGCUCUGAUGAGUUGCUUUUUAAGAUUUAUAUACAAAAAUAGGUGAGAUACCUUCUAGUUAAAGAGUGCAUUCAGAAGUGCUUACUGAAAGUGGAUCGCUUCUGAGAGAUGCGUAGUUCUAAUGCACAGUUCUACGUUCUGUCAUCACCAAGCAUAAAUCACAAAUUUCUCUCCAGGCAUUAUUUCAGGUUGCUGUGAAGCUGAUGUUCUCUUUGGUUUUAUUCAGUGUAAGCACAGGCACCUCUAUGCUUAGUAGUGUAACAAAGAACAAAACCUGUCAUGAAAGAUCUGUUCACAUGACUGCAGUGAAUUAAGCAUGACCUCCACUAGGUUUUAACUGAAUAGAAAAUAUAUGAGAGCCUGCUCUGCUUGCAUGAUAGCAUUCUUGCAAUGAUUGUCUUAGAAUCUGAUAAUGGAUCGUGGCAUCACCUGCUGGUUGUGACAUUUUGAGGAAUGACUGCAUGUUGUAUUUGACUGGUUGUAUCUCAGCAGUAGGAGGGGUAACCAGAAAUGCAGUUCAUAGAAAGAUGGACUGCAGUGCUUGCUCACUCUCAAGAACAGUACAAAAUACUGCACCAGAAAUCACAAUCCUUCUUUGCAUUUAAUUUCUUCAUCAAUGUUGCUAAUUUUCAGUAGCACAGGGAAGGAAAGUUUCAAGAAAAAUUAUCUGCCUUGUGCUAGCAAAAUAUUCACAAACUACAUCUAUCAAACACAUGCCUCUUCUGUCCCUGGGGGCUGCUUAACAAGCAGUGCUGGGAAAAUACAUCUGAACAGCCAUGAAGAUCCCAAUCUGCUGAACUGAAAGAAGGAAAAAAUACUGGUCUCCAACAGCUGAAUGCUCUUUAGCAUGAACAGUAUGCAACUCUUCUGAGAUGAUGCCAGAAACAGGGCUAUUGGGAAAGGGAUCUGCUUCUGAAACUUGAGGCUAGCAUCAUGAAAGCACAGAUGGUAAUUUAAAGGGAAAAUAUGCAAAUAAAUCCAAAUAAAUUUUGAAAAAGAGCUUGGCACCAGAGAGCAAAAAUGCUUGACUGACUUUCUCGUAUUCCUCUAAGUAGACAACUGGAUAGCACAGGCUGAAGCUGAUGCUCAGUAUUCUUUAAAAUACUUACCUUAAUUUUAAUUUCCUCUUACCUCACUGCUAACUCAGUGUUUAAAAAAAAAAAAA